CAUUCACGAAAACGAAUUUGUUAACUUAAAAUAAAUUUGCAGGUUUUCGAAAUGAAAACCUAUUUCUCGUCAUUAUUUAUAGUAUUUAUUCUUAUACAAGCAAUCAACGGUCUGUAUGAAGACCAGAUUGGGAAAUUUGAUUGGCGCCAGCAGUAUAUAGGAAAAGUCAGCCAUGCAAUUUUUGAUUCAACAGGAAAGAAAAUAGUUGUAGGAACAGAAGAAAAUGUGCUCGCUCUCCUUCAUGCUGGGACAGGAAAAAUUGAAUGGCGCCAUCUACUUGGGAAUGGACCAAAGAGCAAAAUCUCUUCUCUUUUUGUAUUAAAUAACGGAAAAGUAGCAUCCAUCAGCAGUUCUCCAACUACUGUGAGAGUGUUUGAUAUGUCCUCGGGAAUCCUUCAGUGGGAAGCAACUGUCGCCAAGGAGAGCCAACCUAUUGUCAGCAAAUGGGCUGCUUCAACACGUGAUAUAGUAUUGGUUGAAAUCAACCCUUCCAAGUCUGGCUAUGAGCUGCUCUUAACUGAGUAUAGCUCCAACAGUGGAACAGAGAAUGUUUCACCGACCAUUGAGUUGCCGUGGUUCACUCCCGGAACUGAUUGCCAGCUGGUGUUUCCUCACUUGGUGUGCCUACAUCCUCACGACGACGCCGUCAACGUCGUAGAUGUGACGAACUCCGAUUCUCAUCAACGGAUUCAGUUUUCAGACCUUGGCGUUGCUGUAGGUGCUGGCCAAUCGGCCGUUUUCAGCAGCGUCAGCAGGAAUCUCGUGUCUUUGAGGACGACAGACACACUUUCCGUAUACAAAGUAACUGACGAGGGACUCCAAAGAAUCGGCGCUGAAUGGCCCAGUGAAACAGUACUGGUGAGCGUCCCAUCAGUUAAAGACGCUGAAGCUCAACAGAGAUACAUGUCCGGCUUGGUGAAACAAGAAAAAGAUUAUUUAAUCAGAAUUUACGAUUUGGAAGCCGACCGUAUGCUUGAAGAUGUCAGUGGGACGGUAAAGCUACCGGAAGAGGUGGGCGAAGCUAAUCUGCUUUCCACUUUUCUAAUGAGAAAAGCCAACGGAGAUCUCAGUUAUCGUUACGCCAUUGGUACCACCGAUGAUUCCUUUCAUUACGGUAGCAAGAAAGAAGUUUAUUGGAGUCGCGAAGAAUCUUUGACUUCCAUCAUUCAAGUGGAAAUAGUCGAUCUUCCUGUUUCGUCCAUUGAAGCGUCCAUCGAAGAAGAAUUCGGUUCAGAUCAGGUAUUGGGCGGCAUCUUUGGACACACCAUCAGACGGCUGAGUUCCCAGUUUAGGCAGCUCUUGAUAAUUGCCCAACAGCUCAUGGCCGGACAGAUCAAUUUUGUUCGUCGUGAUGCUGUCGGAAGUAACAACAGAGCACUUGAACGUGAUCGCUUUGGCUUGCAUAAAUUGAUCCUCAUCGUCACUCGUCCGGGUAAAUUGUUCGCCAUGGACACAUUGUCUGGCCGGAUCGUUUGGCAGCGAUUGCUGAAGAAUGUCAACACUGACAAACUUCGCCUGUACGUCCAGCGCACCAGCAUUCACUACCCACUGGAGCCUCAGUGUAUCAUUUUGGCCAAGAGUUCCACUUCCAAACAAGGCAUUUUGUUCGUCUUUCAUCCAAUAACUGGUGAACCAGGAAACUUUGGUAGCGAAGGCUACGUCAACCUGGGCUUCAAUGUGCAGCAGGCUCUACUUUUACCUCAGAAUGAAGAAACCGAGUACAUUAAACCGUUGUUGCUUCUCGAUGAAUCUGCUGUUCCACACGUGUUUCCACCGACCGAAUCAGCGCUAAGCCACGUAGUAAAAAUGUCCGACAACUUGUUCGUGUUUGUAGCCGACACAAAGAGCUGCGUGCUACGUGGUUACUCGCUUGCCAAAAGCACGACUGACCAUCUCUCUUCUGCCCCUGUUUGGCAGUUACAACUUUGCUCAUCGAAUGACGUGGUGGAGGAAGAAAUCGUUUCCAUCGUCUCUCGUCACCCAGAAGAGAAGGUAUUUUCGCAAGGCCGCGUAUUGGCCGAUCGAAGCGUUCUCUACAAAUACCUAAACCCUAACAUGGUGGUGGUGGCGACUGCCGGAACGAAUCACCCGCACCAUCGUGGUUAUUUCAAUCUUUAUUUGAUUGACGUAGUCUCUGGAGCUGUGGUCUUUUCCACUUCUCAUCGCCGCGUUCAGUCGCCUUACCAUGUAGUCUACGCCGAGAAUUGGAUCGUCUACUCUUAUUACAACGAAAAAUACCGCAGGACCGAGUUGAGUUCGCUCGAGCUGUUCGAAGGACAAACGCAAAGCAACAGCACAGCGUUUUCUUCUUUUUCGGCGCCUCAACCUCUGGUGGACAGACAGGCGUACAUCUACCCGGCCCACAUCACGGCAAUGAAAGAUACUUUCUCCGAACAGGGAAUGACGGCCAAACAUAUUUUGCUUGGACUUUCAAAUGGCUGGAUACAAGAAAUGCCACGCGUUUUCUUGGACCCUCGCCGACCAGUUGUGGCUGCCGCUACACCUGAAAUGCGCGAAGAAGGUAUCAUGCCUUAUUUGCCCGAACUGCCUAUCCCGGCUGAAGCCAUCGUCAAUUACAAUCAGACAGUUUUCAACAUAAAGAAAAUUCACGUUACCCCGUCUUCACUAGAAUCUACUGCAAUGGUCUUUGCCUGCGGCUUGGACAUUUUCUUCACUCACGUGACGCCCUCGCGAACCUUUGACGUUCUCAAUGAUGACUUUGAAUAUGGUUUUAUCGCAUUGGUUUUGACCGGAUUGACGCUGGCUUCUUUCAUCACCAAACGGUUGGCGUCCAAAAAAUCACUUCGACAAGCCUGGAAGUAAAAUUUGAAAAUGAACAGUAUGGCAUUAUUGGCCGACUAUUAAAAUUAACAAGAAAAAAAUACCCAUUCCCCUCUAUCCUGUGUGUUUGUGUGCGUGAAUGUGUUCCGCUAGCUGUUGAGAUUUCAACCAUCCAGGUCAGCUGCCCGUUUGUAGUUGGGGCUAGUCAGAGGUUUUCAUUAAACUUUUUAAACGCCAAAAAA